AAUAAGCCCAAGAAAAGCUAAUAACUAACACAAUCUAAUCGAAAGAUAAAAAAAAGUUUUAAUCUUUUUUCAUUCCGGUGGCCGGAAAGAGAGAACCCAUCAAAGGGGUUUUUUCUUUCUUGAGCCCCUUUGAAAAACACCCAAAUAUUUAUUAUAAUUAUAUUUCAUUUAAAUUUUAGAUAAAAUAAAGAAUGGGGGGUAGUACAUUAUCAUCAAAUUGUACAACAAAUGAAAGAUUUGUUGACAGAGAGGUUUUCUUGAAUGUAUAUGAUCUUACCCCUUUCAAUAAUUACAGCAUUUUCUUUGGAUUUGGUUUUUUCCAUACUGGUAUUGAAGUGUAUGGUAUGGAAUAUGGGUUUGGGGCACACGACUACUCAAUUAGUGGAGUGUUUGAAGUUGAACCGAGGAGCUGCCCGGGAUUUAUCUAUAGAUGUUCAAUUUCACUUGGUCAUAUAAGCAUGUCGGCUACAGAAUUCAGAGAAUUUAUCGAAACCAUGGCUUCAGAUUAUCAUGGAGACACAUAUCACCUAAUAUCCAAGAAUUGUAACCAUUUUACUGAUGAUAUCUCUCAGAGGCUAAAUUGCAGAAGGGUUCCUGGCUGGGUGAAUCGGUUGGCGAAGUUUGGUUCUUUGUUCAGUUGUCUGCUUCCUGAAAGCCUUGAAGCAACUACUGUCAAACAGCUGCCAGAGUAUCAUACAUACGAUGAUGAUGAUAGUGAUUCUGCAUCAAACUCAAGCAGCCAAGAUGCAUCAGAAAGCGAUGAGGUUGACCAAAAGGUCCUCCUUUCACCAACACCCGCUCCUGAAAUAGCUUUCAUUAAAGAGAUGCCAAGAUAGAGGAAGCUCAAUGUCAACAAAAUAGCAAGCGUUUAAGAUGAAGGAAGUCACAUACGAGGG